AGAGUCCAUGCGCUGCUGAAAGUAGGUUAGCAGGGUAGACUGAGAGGCAGAACGCGGACAGCAGCGGCUCAGCCCACAAACACCGACCGACCGCGGAGAACCGAGUCCUACAGCCCGAGUUUUACUCUGUUAGACAGAUUUACGGGUUAAAAGCGCGAUAUUUCUCUAUUCCGGCUAUAAUGCUCCAAUCUGAAUCCGAAAGCUUAUUUUUAUCAGGCUGUUUGACUCCAGCUCGUUGAGGACUUCACUCCGAUAAGAAGAAUAAACUGCGGUGAAGAUGAGAGCUCAAAUAGAGGUGAUUCCGUGUAAGAUCUGCGGGGACAAGUCCUCCGGGAUCCAUUAUGGUGUUAUCACCUGCGAAGGCUGCAAGGGGUUUUUUCGCCGCAGCCAGCAGAACAACGCUAUGUACUCGUGCUCUCGACAGAGGAACUGCCUGAUCGAUCGCACCAACCGCAACCGCUGCCAGCACUGCCGCCUGCAGAAGUGCCUGGCUCUGGGCAUGAGCCGAGAUGCGGUAAAGUUCGGACGCAUGUCUAAGAAGCAGCGGGACAGUUUAUAUGCGGAGGUUCAGCGGCACCAGCAGCUCUCCCAGGACUGUCUGUCAGGGCUGGCAGGGGGUCUUCCCGGGGGUCUGCCCCGGGAGCAUGAGGAGGCCGGUGAGGACAGUGGACACAGCCGGUCGUACAGCAGCGGCGGCUCCAGCGCCGCCCUGAGUGACCUGGACGACAUCGCCACUCUGCCCGACGGCCUGCUGUUCGACCUGCCGCUCACCCCGGGCGAGGCGGGCGAAUACUGCGGCCUAGACCUGCUGGACGGCGGGGUGGGGGGCGGAGCCGGAAGUGCAGGCAGCGGCAGCUCGUCCAAUCAGAGCUCUCCGGAGCCCAGCAUCAUGGACAUGGCUGAAGUGGAAAGAGUGAAGCACGAAUAUCAGCUGCUGCCUGAACCCAGCAUCCUCACCCACACGCUGCUGGGAGCGCUGCCUGACAGCUGCUCACUCCUCGAUAUAGAGCAAAUUACCCAGAAUGUGGUGAAGUCUCAUGUGGAGACGUGUCAGUACACCUCAGAGGAGCUGAAGCGCUUCACUUGGAACCUGUACUCACCUGAAGAAACCCGCUCCUUCCAGCUAAAGUCUGCUGAGUGGAUGUGGCAGCAGUGUGCCCUGCACAUCACUAACGCCAUCCAGUAUGUGGUGGAGUUCGCCAAGCGCAUCAGCGGCUUCAUGGACCUGUGCCAGAACGACCAGAUCAUCCUCCUCAAAGCAGGAUGUUUGGAGGUGCUGCUGAUUCGUAUGUGUCGUGCAUACAACUCCGCUAAUAACACCAUGUUUUUCGACGGCAAGUUCGCCAGCCCUCAGCUCUUUAAAGCACUGGGCUGUGAUGACCUGGUGAAUGCUGUAUUUGAGUUGGCGAAGAAUCUGUGCCGUCUUCAGCUGAGUGAGGAAGAGAUGGCGCUGUUCAGCGCUGCUAUCCUGCUGUCACCUGACCGGCCCUGGUUAACAGACAGUCAGCAGGUGCAGAAGCUACAGGAGAAGGUGUAUGUGGCGCUGCAGCACAGUCUGCACAUGUCAGGAGCAAACCCAGAGAAACUGGACAAGAUGGUGUCUAAACUACCACAGAUGAAGUCCAUCUGUAACCUCCACAUCGACAAGCUGGAGUUUUUCCGCCUGGUCCAUCCCGAGACGGCCUACAGCUUCCCCCCACUCUACAGGGAAGUGUUCGGCAGCGAGAUCACCUUCCCCGACUCCACCGACAGCUAGAGCAGGCGAGAGACAGGGGGAGGGAGCAGAACAGAGAGAGAAAGAAAACCAGGGUUACUGAUAGAGAAAAUAAAAAGAGGAGAAGAGGGGGAUAGUGAGAAGUAGGAGAGGGGUAGAAAUAAACAGAUGAGAUAGUAGUGGGUGAUGGUGAAGUGAGGUGUAAAUCUGAGAUAUAAAGCUGGAAAACUUUUUUUACUGUAAAAAAAAAAAAACACACAGCAGAACGAAGGAAAAUGAUGAGAAUCUGACCAGCAGCCCACAGACAAUCCAGUACACCCAGUUUCAGUCCUCCACCUGUACAGGAGCACCACCUACACCCACACCAGUAUAGGGGAACCAACUCAGCGUUACACCCCCACCCCCCAAACCCCGCCCCUACAGCAGCACACUCUGACACGCCCCCUUUAGAACCUCUGAAUGCGCAUAAAGAUCAUCGACAAGGAGCCGAGACCAGUUUAUUACUUUAAAAAUUAUUACAAAAACUAAAUCUCUAUCCCGUCCUCAGGGACGUCCUGUAAACCUGGAUUACUGUUCUGUUCUAGUUCUAAUACACAGGACCAAGACUCGGUCCUGCAGUCACUCAGCACUGCCCUGAGUUCAGUAUUAGCUCAGCUCUAACAGACCAGUUCAGACCAGUUCAUACCAACCAGUUUAACUCAGGAAACAUUAGCUUAGGAACCUCCUCUUAACGUACUGUUAACUUACUGUGUACUUAAUAAUUAGAAUUAAUGCUUCAGUAUUAAGUAUCUGUUACACAGUAUUGGCUGAGUGUUAGUGCUGUGUGCUAAUUCACCACAGCAGUGUAAAUGAAGGAAUUGAAAUCAGGCAACAAACAAAUCAUUAAUAUAAUAAUGUGGGGAUGCACUGGAACAACAAAAUAUUUUAGAUGUAUUUUCGUCUCAAUUUUAAAUAAAUUAUUAAUCUUUUCACUCUUUUUAUGUACAUUUGUGUACAACUCCAAAAGUGUACAUUUCCAGCAGAAUAAAUAAUAUUAAUAAUAACAUUCUAAAAUUCAGCGCAUCCAUAUAAAAAUUAUAAAAAUAUCAUUAUAAAACAAUAUGUUAGUGUUCAGAUGGAAUUACUUAAUAUUAGUGAAUUAGAAUUUUUUUUCUUUUUUUUGACAAUAAUUUAUACUAUGUAACUGUUUUUAUUUAUAAAUUUCGUUCAUUCAUUCUGAAAUUUAAAAGAAGGGUUUGUUAAUUUAAAAAUAGGUUUGCAAUAAUAAUAUAUACCUCAGACAAUUUACAGAACUAGCAUAUUAUGAUUGUUUUCCACAGCCAGAUCAACUUUACUUUAAAGAUACAUUCCACAUGUUUAAUCAGCAGGUCAGGACUUUUGAACGACUGUAUGUAGGAGAAGCAAAAACAAUAAAUUACUUAAAAUUCCAGGCAACAGAGUUCUGAAUAAGGUCUAUUUUAUUGCCUGAUUUAGGAACUGGAACAGAGCGGUAAUCCACGCCGCACUCCUGCCUGCAGUCGCCCUCGGACAAAUCAUGAAUGUACGAACGCCCCAACGAUAGCACUUAACCUUGGGAUGCGGCCGAAUGUAUUUAUUUAUUCGUGUUUUAUUUUUGUAUAAUUUUUUUCUUUCCUGAUUUUUUUUCAGUUGUUAAUGAAAACCAGUGUCAUUUACUGGAGACAAUCACAAGAGCAGCAGGUAGUGUCCGAAUCCUCAGCCGUACGAAGGGACCAGCCUAUAGGGUCAAAAAGUAAACAAAAUCAAAAUCAAUACCAACCCUCCUGCUCCAACCAGCAGAACUGAACCAGUAAACUUUAAGAGUGCUGGUGUAGAUUUUACUGUGGUGGCAACCAGUCGUGGUCCUGGAGCUUCCCGACCUCCAUAUUUUAUAUAAUAUAAAUAAGGAAUGUGAGUCAAUGACAUGACGUCUGUCUGACUGCAUUAUUUUCAGUAUAAAAGCAUACAAAAAUAAUAAAUGCAUAACAUUAUAACGCAUUUAUAUAUAUAUAAUUCUUAACUUUUUCUUUACACAAAACUUUCGUUACCUCCCAUUUUUCUAAAAUGUAUCAACAUUUGAAUCUAAUAAUAAUAGCAGUAACUGUAAUAAAUAAAAAAUAUAUACCUAAUUUCAGGGGCUAAAAAUGUGAUUUAAUUAUUUUAUUAGCAAAAUAAGUCUGUUAAGAGUAAAAGAAAACUGUUAUGCCUGUGGCUUUAUAUUUCUUCUAUGUCAUUGAUUAUUAUUUCUGUUAUCAGAUGUAUACGAUAUACGAUAUAAAUAUACGAUACGAUAUAAAUAUAAAUAUAUAUAUUUUGUGAAUCUCAGAUUCAGUGGGAAACCCAGGACCAGGCUGAAGCACCACACGCUAAUGUGCAAUAAUAUUAUAAAAUAUUUAGUACUGUCAAUUUCUCCUUUUUCGCCCAACCUGCCAAGACACCAGCGAGGUGUAGGACGUUUGGCUGAAGGCGACUUGUUUAUGGCACUUCUGUGUACCACGUGUACAUGCUCACGUUCGCUCAGGUGCUUGUUUUAGAUAGUGUUUGGUGCUGCUUUGUUUUCUUUUUAGGGUUUUUUAUGUUUUAUUAUGUUAAACGCAAUGAGAAACCUCAGUCCCAUGUCCCCCGCCCUUAUGAAUGAAUGCCACUUAAAAGAAAGUCGAUAAAAAGAUGAAUUUUUGUUUUUCCUUUUUAAUUUAAAUGUACAUUUAUAGUUUAUUUUAAAUAGGAAUGUAUAUAACUAUAUAAUUAUAAAUAUAUAUAUAUAGAGAAGAAAGAGAGAGGGAGAGGUGUAGGUAUAGGGGAGGGAGGGAGAGAGAGAAAUCGACAGGAAAAUGCAGGUGAGAGUUUAAAAGGUGAAAAAUUUGGACAGACCUUCAUAUGAAACAUCAGAGGCUGCCCUGGGACCGGACACUCGAACUAUGAUGGACUAUAAAGCACAGACUGUGACGGUGAAAUGGAACCUGUAAGGAACAGGAGCUCCAGCUUCCGCUCUUUUUUGUUGUUGAUUGUUUGUUUGCUCGUUUUUGGACUCCACAACCCAAGCCGAGCUGGAUGAAGCUCUAGAGCACCUGGUUCUUCAGAACCCACAGGGCAACUCUCUGUAACGGACCUUUCGAGGCGCAGCCGUUACUGCUGCAGUUCUGAAACUCUGCUCUGGACUCUGCAGUGUGAGGAAUGGCUGAGAAAUUGAAGUGAGACUGGACUCUUCUUGGCCGGACGUUUGACACAAACAUUCACCCACCAGCACGCGGCGGCGGUGGCGAGGGUCAGGUCGAGGAUUGGAAAUGGUGCGGUUCUUAGUUGUAUUAUUUUGUAAAUUGUGGUUCCUCUAUCCUUUUCCCCCCCUAAAUCCCAGAUUCUGUGGCCCACUUCCUGUCCCUCCGUGCUCCACUUCCUGCUCGUACACCUCGGCAUGAUGGAAAAAAAAAUACCAAGGUGGACAGAGUUCUCAGCUACCCCCCUGAGUCAGGGUUUAUUGUAGUGUUUAUCGUCGAUUUUUAUGCUUUUAAAACAAUCUGAUGCAAAGUAUGAAAUUGUAUCUUUCAGAGAUUUUCUGAAUCUCUAUGAAGUCGAGUGCGAGCUUUUAACUUUUAAGAAUUUGCACUGGAAAACUGAGCUGCCUGAGGGCUUUGUAAAUCUCAAAAGGGACACUCUGGCCGAAACAAUCAGUUUACCUGUUCUUACCCAGUAAUGUGAGGGUGUACAGUGAUUCUGAAUCAUUAAGAUGUUUCCACUCGAGAAACUUCAGAAGCAAACAUUGGAACAGUAUGAAAAUGCAACCAAUAAUAAAUAACAGUUUUCUUCCAUUUAUUUUUAUUUUACUGUAGGCAGGUGAUCAUACUGAUGAUUUGGUACAAAAGACUUUACGGAAGCUUUAUGUUCACCAUGUCCAGCAGCAGCUUCACUUCUCUACUGGACUCUGGGAUGUCAAAACUGAUGAAUUCUUUACUCUCUUAGCUUUGUGUGGAAUGUGUAUCAGGGCUGAAACAGCAAGCUCUAACAGGAAUAGAUGUUUAUUAAUAAAUUUGAGCAAGUUGAGCAAAUAAAACAUAAAAUAUCUUGGGUUCAUUCUGUUUACAAUCAAAUACAUUUUUAAAAAUAAUAAUUUUUAAAUAAGGGUUACAGUUACAGUUUUAUACUACAGAAUAUUCCAGAAUAAAGCUAAAUAACAAAUUACACACAGUUUUAAGUCAGACUGCCCCUUUAAACUGUUUUACUACUGAGAAGACCACUCCAGUUUACGAUUCAGAACACACCAGUUCAGUGGAUUGCUCAGUGUAUCACUAUUGUUAUGAUAACCCUCAUAUGUAGGUAUAUAGCAUGUGGUCUCUUUGUUUAUGAAGACUCACUUUCCACAACAAAGUCUCACAAAGUGUACAGCACGAUCAGGUGAAUCUCUUUUAUAUAGUUUAAUGAGGUUCGGUUGUUUUGUAAAGAGAAAACUGUUUUCCAUCGACUUUUUACAGAAACAGUUGUCUUUUAAAGUGUCACUCAGGGAGAUAGCUGGUCUCUGUCUUGCCAGUGUUCUCAUUCUGCCGACCAGACACCAAUACACACACACUUAUACACACAAUGCUACACGCACACCACACUUUGCACCGAAUAGGAGACCCGAAUCCUUGAUCACUGUGUCCUGUAGCUAUAUAUUAUACAGUAUAUAUAUUUUUGUGAAUGUCAAUCACAAAGUGUCAAAGACCUUUCCUCUUUCUUCUGAUGUUCUACUACAGGAGCCUGAGUUAUAUAUACGCCAGGAUAUAAACAAGACAAAAAAGAAAUUUAAUCUAAAUAAAAAUGAGAGAUGGAUUUUAUUCAGAUGUAUGUUGUUUUUAAUGUGAACGGCGUUUGCCAGACUGUAGCUGUUCUCUUUUAUUUUUUUUAUUUUUUUUCCCUUUUCCAUUCUGAGUGACUCUCCACCAGCCUGUCUUGUGGUCUGUUCGUGGUCUAUUUUUACAAAAGUAGCCUAAGCACAAUAGAAAUACCAAAAAAUAUCUCUAUUUUUCUGUUUUCUGUUUUUUUUCUUCUCCUGGUCUUGUUUAUAACGAAAUACUAGAACCUCAUAACUGAAUUAAUCUCAGUGUGACACAUUGUUGUAAAGAAAUGUGCUUUAAGGAAUGUAAUAAAGUGUUUUUCUUUUGUA